AAACUGAACAUUUUUUAGAUUAAUCUCAGAAACUUUCUGCUAAAGGUGCAGGCUUUGUUUUCUCUACCAUGUCCCUAAUCUACUGCUGUAGUGCUGUACAUCAUGCAUCAUAUCACAUCUUUCAUGUAAACUGCAGUGCAAAGUGCUUUUACUGAUUGAAAACAGCCUGUUGUGUUCCCUAAAAAAUAAAAGCAGGAAAAAUUGAAGAAUAAAAUGACGAUAAAGUGGAUUAUUUAAAAAAUAAGAAUGAAAUUGUUUAACUGCAAUUAUAGAUUAAUAGGCAUUAGUUGUUUGCUAGUUAGUGUAGCUACCGAUGCUAACUAGUCUGAUUAACAGCGUUUUCUUAAGCAACAUACAAAGGAACGAUUGACAGCUCUAAGACCCUCCCCCUCGCUCUGAUUGGUUGUUUCUGACUUGACAUGGACGGCUUUAACAAAUAUGUUUUUUUUUUAAAAUAAAAACAUAAAAGUUAAAUAGCUUUCUCAGGAUGACUAUAAAUAUCUGAAAUAUUGAAUCUUUCUUCAUUUUGAGUCUUAAAUAUAGGCUGGAAUAAAAAGGACAGAAUCUAAGACAGGAAAUGGGAAAAGAAAAUAAAGAAACGAGAUGGAUUCAGAGUACCGUAGAUUAAAUAAAAGCAUUUUUGACCAAGAGAACUCAGGUAAAAGUUGGAUUAAAAAUGUUUUAUUUACGGAAAUGACCUCAGCACUUCAGGCAGUUCAUUGCAAAGGUGAGGCUCUUUAGGCAGCAUCUGCUGGAUGUUUCAUCUUUGCACUUUAGGAAUCGGCUUUAACACGUUUCACUUAACCAGAGGGAGACGGUAAAACGAAACACAUUUCCAGAACUACUGGUGCACACAUUAAGAACGCAUAAUGUUAAAAACUCCACCUUCCGUCCUCCUGACAGAUUUCCCUUUCUCAGCGUCAUAAAACGCCUCAGCAUCGUCUGCUGUUGGGAAAUAUUUGAAGCCUUGUCCAAAAUCAGCUGGUGGGAGUUUCACGAAGAGCUGGACCAGGAAAUGACAUCAUUUUAUGUCCAAGUAGGUCUCAAAAUCCACCUUGGUAAGGUUGGACAGAGCCAGCAUUAUUCCCUAAUGCUGUUUAAACACUUAGUAUCACAAAGAGGUAUUAAUCCGCUGAAAACAAUAUAGAUUCACCUUGAAAUAAACACUCAACUUUGCCCACGCGGUGAAUUAGUGCGCUACGGAUUGUUUUUGCAAGUGCGAGCAGAGAAAGCCGCUUUGUGACAACAACAUGUUGGGAGAGCAGUGGCCCUCUCUUACUCCAUAAAUAGCUUUAAACCCUGUUCUCUCUCAAACGGGCACACACACUUUCCAACAAUCAAAACACAGAUUUCAGAGCGGAGCCCCCCUCCACCCGGGGGAAAGGAGAGGCCAUUGUUUGUCAAAUCCUUCUGAUUUCGUCCCCCGGAGCCGCUUUAUGCAGAUUACUGGCCGGGUGCCCGCUUGGACCGGCGGGGUCAGCGAGGGUGAGACGGACAAACUGGGAAACUGGAAUUCACAAAAUCCCUGGUUUUCUGCAGGACGUGCAAAGCCGAUCGGAAGAGCAGGAAGCAUGGCUGUAGUCAGUGGAACUUACCGCAUGGUGUCGGAGGAGGAGCAGGCGCUCAGGGCCAAGCUGGAGCAUCUCACCAUCAAGGACCACGGCCACGUGUUUGGACCCUGCGCCAGCCUGCCAGACCACACCAGGCAGAAGGCCAAAGAUGAGCUGAACGAGACGGAUGAGAAGCGCGUGUCGGCAGCGAAGGAGCUUCGAGGUAUCAUUAAGGAGAAGGCGGAGGCCGGAGAUGACCUGGCCAAGGGGGUGCAGGACACCUUUGGGGAGAAACCAGACAGUCUGCUGGUCCGCUUUAUCCGCGCCAGGAAGUACGACGUGCCCAGAGCCUUUGACCUCAUGAAGGGAUAUGUCCGCUUCCGGAAGGAUUACCCCGAGCUGUUUGAGAACCUGACCCCAGAGGCCGUGCGCAGCACCAUCGAGGCCGGCUACCCCGGCAUCCUCCACAGCAGAGACAAAUACGGACGCGUGGUUCUGCUGUUCAACAUCGAGAACUGGGACUACGAGGAGAUCACCUUUGACGAGAUUCUGCGCGCCUACUGCGUGAUCCUCGAGAAGCUGCUGGAGAACGAGGAGACUCAGAUCAACGGCUUCUGCAUCAUUGAAAACUUCAAGGGCUUCACCAUGCAGCAGGCGUCAGGGAUCAAACCCACCGAGCUCAAGAAGAUGGUGGACAUGUUGCAGGACUCCUUCCCAGCCCGUUUCAAGGCCGUGCACUUCAUCCACCAGCCCUGGUACUUCACCACCACCUACAACGUGGUGAAGCCCCUCAUGAAGAGCAAGCUGCUAGAGAGAGUGUUCGUUCACGGAGACGAGCUGGAAAACUACUACAAGGAGUUUGACCCCGAAAUUCUUCCGUCCGAGUUUGACGGAAAAGGUUCCAAGUACGACGGCAAGGCCACGGCGAGCAAGCUGUUCGACUAGUCGUCGUAGAAACCUGUCGCCCAACAGUCUGACAGCUGUAACGCAGUGGAGAAAAAAAUGUAACAGAAUAAUCCAGCUGUGUGGAUGUAGGAAGAAUAGUUAUGAAUGAAACAUAGGAGAGUGUGUGAAAGGCUGACGAAGAGUCCGUUUUCCAGAUGUUCUGACAAAACCCAGUCCUACAGAAAAGGAGGCGGUACCGAGCUGAUACCUUAGCUUCCUCUAACUCAUGAAUUUUGAGCAGAAAUUACAAAUGGUUUUGUAAUUUAACAAAUCUUUUACCCAAAACAGAUGGCAAUUUAAAUUCACACGGAAACCUGAUUGGAAAAUGAAUAUUUCUUUCUGCAUUAAAAGAGAAAAUGUUGUCCACUUCCCACUGAUUUACCAACACAACAUCUUAGAAGCUGAAAAAGAAAGUCCCAUCAGGGAUGAUAUUUCAAACACCAUCGUUAUGGCUGAAUCGCCGUGGCAACUGGAUAUAUUUUAAACAGAUUUCAGGAGUUUUAAUGUUGUUUUACACACCAAAUGAUGAGACUCAACGUAUGACAGGUCUGUCAUUUCUUUCUUUAGAUUCACUUUCAGAAUAAAAGCAAGUUUUACCCAACACACCACCUUGUACUCCAGCAACAAUGUCAAUAAAUGUACAAUAAACUGUAUAUAAAUAUAA